AUGACGACUACCCUAAUCGGUCUCCCAAAAACCCUCAUACCACCCCUUUUCACAGCCCUAACCCUCGCCCCCCUCAUAACCUCCACCGCAUCCCUCACCCACGCCUACAUGGAAUACCUAACCACCAGCGCCUUCCUCAACCCUCCACCCCUCUCCUCGAGACUCAGCAAAGCAAUUCUCGCCUCUCCCUCUCCCUUCUCAUCCGCACCCACGACCUCAGACCCGGAAACCCACCUUCAGAAAGAAGACGCCGUGAACCAGUUAAAGGAAGCAAACCAGCUCGCCAUCCCAGCCUGGUUCACCACAUUCUUCAACACAGGCAUCUACUCCGUCGUAGCUCUAAACACGCUUACUUUGUCUUUCUCGCUCGCAAAUAUUUACCUCUUACAUCCUUCUUUUACAACGCGAGGGAGCAUAGCAAGGCGCUGGUACGUGAUCGGAGCGGCAGCGACGGCGGCGCAUUAUGCGUUUGUGCCGCUUGUGGGGAGGAGUGUGAGGGCUUUGGUGGGGUUGUGCAGUGGAGAGAAGGGAGAGGGGAGGGCGGAGGAGUGGUUGAGGGAGUGGAGGGGGUGGCAUGGGGUUAGAAUGGGGAGUGUGGAUUUAGUUGGUUAG